AACGUGAAGUAGUUCACCGCGACACCAGUUAGAACUGUGAGGUCUUCUUGUAGUUGCUAUAUCCAUUGCGAAGUGUGAAAAUGGCCGCCAAAGAGGUUAUCCUGUACCACUACCCACACUCCCCCUAUGCGAGAAGGGUGGUUUGGUAUCUAGCUCUACGGGGAAUUCCGUACAGCCAGUGUGUCCAACCUAAUAUGAUGCCGCGACCGGAUGUCGCUCGCCUAGGCGUCUCGUAUCGUCGCAUCCCCAUUCUUUCCAUUGGCAGGGACAUUUACGUUGAUACACGCCUUCAACUACCAAAGCUAGAGGAAUUGCAUCCUGAGCUGCCUCGCCUUGGAGCUACUACGCCGGAGCAGAAGGCUAUAGAGCGCUUACUCUCAGCUUUCAUCAUUGAUGGGGGCAUCUUUCAGGAAGCCGCAAAGUUGCUUCCUCUAGAUCUACCAUUGUUUAAGGAUCCAAACUACUUCAAGGACAGGGGGGACUUCUCAGGGAAGCCCUUCAGUCUGGAGGCGUUGAAAAAGAUUCGUCCCGAUGCGUUGGCAGAGAUUACGGUGGGAUUCGAUCUUUUUGAGACAACGCUACUGGCUGAUGGGCGAGAAUGGAUCUUGAAGACGGAGAAUCCCAGCUUGGCGGAUAUCGAAGACGUAUGGGCGCUUCACUGGGUGUCCGGCUUGAAGGGGGCAUUGCCAGCGGAUAGAUUCUCUCCGGAGAAGUAUCCUCUAGUUUAUGCGUGGAUCAAGCGCUUCCAGGAGGCGGUUACGGCAGCGAAGGCGAGAAACGGGAAGCCCAAGUCGCUGAGUGGCGAGGAGGCAGCAAAAGUGAUUGAGAAGUCAUCGUGGAACGAAAAGGAGAAGACGGUGGAUGUGGGAGAUCCGUUGGUGGUGGCGGAAGGGCUGAAGAAGGGGAGCAUGGUUGCGGUAUGCCCGACUGACACGGGGAGGUCGCAUAAAGAUAUUGGGAAGUUGGUGAGUUUAGAUAAGGAUGAGGUGGUGAUUGAGAUUAAGACGCCUGAGGGGGAGACUGUGAGGUUGCAUACGCCGAGGCAUGGAUUUAAAUUGAGGAGAUUUGAUGAAGAAAAGAAGGGUGCUGCGAAGUUGUGAGAGUCUUUGUGAGACUUGAUGGAGGAAUUUCUUUUGUUUUUGUGUGUAUUAUAUGGUAGCCAACGAGGUAACAAUAUCAGAAUACGUGCUUGUUUUAUAGAGGCGAACGGGGGGCGUAGAUGGAGACUGCAGUGCUAUUCACGAUGCCAAGCGCGGACUGCCCUGGC